CUGCAAUGACAAGUGCUAAACGCUCAUCCUUACCAGGGCAUUCAGCGAUUUAUGAGGAAUCCAACAGAAUCAUAUCUCCACCACCACUAUAUCGUUCUGAUACUCCUUCUGUCGCCAUGCUGGGAAGUGGACACAACUCAUAAUAAUAUCCAUUUAACGGACCUAUGGGCUGCAAAGCCAGGUAAAGUCCGCAAAGACUUUCUUUAUGAUAAUGUCUUUUACGGAAGCGACAAUGAACUACUAUACGGAAAAAGCGUACGACCAGUUAUUCAAUCGACAAUGAGAGGAUACAAUGGUACUGUUUUUGCGUAUGGCCAAACGGCCAGUGGUAAAACAUAUGUAAGUACGGAGGACGAACCUGGAGUAGUCCCACGAGCUGUCAACGAUGUUUUUGCCAUCAUCAGUGAGACAACAGAGAAAGAAUUUUUGUUGCGCGUCUCCUAUCUUGAGAUUUAUAAUGAGACAUUGAAGGAUCUUCUCGCCCCGGAUUCAGAUGAUCUACGAAUUCACGAAGACAAAAAGCGUGGCGUAUAUGUGAGCUCACUGAAAGAAGAGAUUGUAACGAGCCCAAGGCAUGUAAUGAAGGUUAUACAAAGAGGAGAAGCGAAUAGGCAUGUUAGCAGUACCGAUUUCAAUUUGCACAGCAGCAGAUCGCACACUGUGUUUCAAUUGAUUGUCGAAAGCCGUGAAAAAGAACCUGGUUCUAUGCCAGGUAGUCCGACUAUACAAAAACACAACUCCUUCUUACGCACUGAUCAAAGACGCUCUGUGCAAGUAUCGCAGCUUAAUCUUAUAGAUCUAGCUGGUUCAGAGAAAGCAGCAAGUCAAACAGAUCGGCGAAAAGAAGGAGCUUUCAUUAAUAAGAGUCUGCUUACGCUAGGAACCGUUAUUUCGAAACUUACUGAAGACAAGGUGUCAUCCCAUAUACCCUAUCGAGACUCCAAGCUUACUCGCAUCCUACAGUCAUCUUUAUCUGGAAAUGCACGGAUUGCUGUCAUAUGUACGAUUAGUCCAAGUCAUCACAACUUGGAGGAAUCACAAAACACGCUCAAGUUUGCAUCUAGAGUCAAGAGAAUUGUGACCGCAGCUGCCACAAAUGAAAUCAUAGACGACAAAGCUUUAUUACAGAAGUACCGAAAUGAGAUCAACGAUUUGCGAGUGCAACUACAGUCCAACAAUGAAGUUUUUUCGCGAGAGAGGGAAACCAAUAUCACUUUGUUGCAGGAAAAGCAAAAGCAUGAAGAGCAGUUAAUGGAAAUGCAGCUUGUACGAACGGCUUUGAAGGAGAGAAUUGAUCACUUGACGAAAUUAAUCUUGACGUCUGGAUCAAUAUCUGCUUCAAAAGGGUCGAACGAUAAGCCAGUGCCUAGUUUGUCUAAUCACACAAAGUCCUCUCCUGAAGAUCGGCGUGUCGAGCAUAAUGCUAAAGGGGAAACAGAACGUCUCAGGCGGGAAAAUACUGAAUUGCAGAUCAUCAUAGACGAUUUACGAGAAACUAUAAGGAUGCAGGCCACCAAGUUGGAACAGGAAUCGAAUGGCGCCUCCCAAAACCAAGAUGAAUCGCAUGGCCAAGUUAAGAUACCCCAGAUAAAGCGGAUCAACCUACCACAAGGCAGGCGAAGACUUCAGAACUGAUCAACCACGAUGAUCCAUCUACGAUACCAGAAGCACCCCUGUCGCCAAUGUUCACUUUAGGUCCGGAGAUUGAAUACAUUGUGAUUGCUCUACUACUCUCCAUAUUGGUCUACCUUGUUGUCGACCGAGAAGAUGAAGGAAUGCUGAUAUAAGACCCCAUAUUACCAAAUACCUAACCAACACCAAUCAAAAUAAUUUAAAGUAAAUUAAUACUGUACAAUACAAGUUUUUUGCGCUAUUCAAACAAA